CCCACGUCCGGCCUCAGCUCCUAGUGUGUCCUUCCCCGCCACGUCGCCCCUUCGGGAACCGUAGUUUGCUUUCAGUAUCCGUAAGUCUGCUUCUAGUUUGUAGGUGAGGGACUCCACUACAGUAUCUGAAGAAGGAUAAAGUUGACUCUGCUUUGCUUCUUUCUUUAUUGAAGUUUCUUCCUGCCUGGUCAAGCUCAGAUAUAUCCUCUUGCAGCAUACAACAUACAGGAUGGAGCCCAGUAAGAAGCUCGACGCGGCCGGCACCCUGCCUACCAACCCCCCGCUGAAGCUGCACCCUGAGCGUGGAGCCGGGCCGGCCGUGCUGGUCCCUGAGCAGGGCGGCUACAAGGAGCGCUUCGUCAAGGCCGUGGAGGACAAGUACAAGUGCGAGAAGUGCCGCCUGGUGCUCUGCAGCCCUAAGCAGACGGAGUGCGGGCACCGCUUCUGUGAGACCUGCAUGGGCGCCCUGCUCAGCUCCUCCAGCCCAAAAUGUACUGCUUGUCAAGAAGUCAUCAUCAAAGACAAGGUGUUUAAGGAUAAUUGCUGCAAGAGGGAGAUUCUGGCCCUUCAGAUAUUCUGUCGGAACGAGGGCCGGGGCUGUGCGGAGCAGCUGGCCCUGGGGCACCUGCUGGUGCAUUUGAAGAAUGACUGCCAGUUUGAGGAGCUUCCAUGUGUCCGGGCCGACUGCAAAGAGAGAGUGCUGAGGAAGGACCUGCGUGACCACGUGGAGAAGGCCUGUAAAUACCGCGAGGCCACGUGCAGCCACUGCAAGAGCCAGGUCCCAAUGGUCACGUUGCAGAAACACGAAGAUACGGAGUGUCCCUGCGUGGCGGUGCCCUGCCCGCACAAGUGCGGCGUCCAGACCCUCCUGAGGAGCGAGUUGAGUGCACACUUGUCAGAGUGUGUCAAUGCCCCCAGCACCUGUAGUUUUAAGCGCUAUGGCUGCGUUUUUCAGGGGACAAACCAGCAGAUCAAGGCCCAUGAGGCCAGCUCCGCGGUGCAGCACGUCAACCUGCUCAAGGAGUGGAGCAACUCCCUGGAGAAGAAGGUUUCCUUGCUGCAGAAUGAAAGUGUAGAAAAAAACAAGAGCAUACAGAGUCUGCACAACCAGAUAUGUAGCUUCGAAAUUGAAAUUGAGAGACAGAAGGAAAUGCUUCGAAAUAAUGAAUCCAAAAUCCUCCAUUUACAGCGAGUCAUCGACAGCCAAGCAGAGAAACUGAAGGAGCUCGACAAGGAGAUCCGGCCCUUCCGGCAGAACUGGGAGGAGGCAGACAGCAUGAAGAGCAGCGUGGAGUCCCUCCAGAACCGGGUGACCGAGCUGGAGAGCGUGGACAAGAGCGCAGGGCAGGCGGCGCGCAACACAGGCUUGCUGGAGUCGCAGCUGAGCCGGCACGACCAGAUGCUGAGCGUGCACGACAUCCGCCUGGCCGACAUGGACCUGCGCUUCCAGGUCCUGGAGACCGCCAGCUACAACGGCGUGCUCAUCUGGAAGAUCCGCGACUACAAGCGGCGGAAGCAGGAGGCCGUGAUGGGCAAGACGCUGUCGCUGUACAGCCAGCCCUUCUACACCGGCUACUUCGGCUACAAGAUGUGCGCCAGGGUCUACCUGAACGGGGACGGCAUGGGCAAGGGCACGCACCUAUCGCUCUUCUUCGUCAUCAUGCGCGGCGAGUACGACGCGCUGCUGCCCUGGCCCUUCAAGCAGAAAGUGACGCUCAUGCUGAUGGACCAGGGGUCCUCGCGGCGGCACCUGGGGGACGCGUUCAAGCCGGACCCCAACAGCAGCAGCUUCAAGAAGCCCACUGGGGAGAUGAACAUCGCCUCCGGGUGCCCUGUCUUCGUGGCCCAGACUGUGCUGGAGAACGGGACGUACAUCAAAGACGACACCAUUUUUAUCAAAGUCAUAGUGGAUACUUCGGACCUGCCGGACCCCUGACGCGUCCCCGGGGCGGCGGAUCGAGCAGAAGGCAACUCCUCCGGGGGGUUUGAACCGGCCGUCUCCAGCAAGGUCCUCGCGCUGAGAAAAGGACCUUGGGGGACGGAGGAAGCGGCAGAAGGCGGCCGCGGGCCGGCGGGAGGAGCCACGCGUGAGGACUCGCCCAACACGUUUUGUAAUAGACUAGCGCACUUCACUCUGGAGAAUUAUUUAUCCUUCGACGAGAUAAAUACUGCUGUCAGAGAAGGUUUUCAUUUUCAUUUUUAAAGAUCUAGUUAAUUAAGGUGGAAAACAUAUGCUAAAGAAAAGAACCAUGAAUUUUUUUUCUUCCUUAAACUUGAACACCAAAAAAAAAACAUACACCACACACACACACACACACACACACACACACACACACCUGGGGAUA